CAAUUAGCGUUCCUGAUGAAUUAUCAUUACCUUAACCCUAGCCGCCUUCCCAUCCCCAAUCCAGGACAUCGGUCAAACCUUCAAUCAUCUUCGUCUCGCGCGCCGAAAUCCAACCGAGGAGGCCAAGACAAAAGAAAAAUCUGCCGCGCCGCCGCAUCUCCAAUCACCCGAGUCACAAUCCCACUCCGUCCUCCCCAUUAAAAACGCUCCUUUUAUCGGGCGAGGAAGGAGGAACCCUCGAUCGAUACGCGAGCGCGGCGCCGGCGCAGAUCGGGGAUCAGGUCGUCGGACUGAUGGACAACAAGCUGGGCGCGGCCGUCUACGAGCCGCUUCUCUCGCCGCGGCCGCAGGGCACAGCGGAGGAGGCCAAGCGGCUGCUCCGGCUGGCCGGGCCGAUCGUCGCCAGCUGCGUGCUGCAGAACGUCGUCAACAUGGCCUCCGUCAUGUUCGUCGGCCACCUCGGCGAGCUCCCCCUCGCCGGCGCCUCCCUCGCCACAUCGCUCGCCAAUGUCACGGGCUACAGCCUCCUCACCGGGAUGGCCACCGCGCUGGACACGCUCUGCGGGCAGGCGUUCGGCGCGCGGCAGCACCACCUGCUCGGCGUCUACAAGCAGCGCGCGAUGGUGGUGCUGGGCCUCGCCUGCGUCCCCAUCGCGCUCGUCUGGGCGUACGCUGGCCGCAUCCUGCUCUUCCUUCGCCAGGACCCGGAGAUCGCCGCGGAGGCCGGCGCGUACGCACGCUGGCUCAUCCCGUCCCUCGCCGCCUACGUCCCGCUGCAGUGCCACGUCCGCUUCCUGCAGACGCAGAGCGUCGUCCUGCCCGUCACGGCGAGCUCCGGCGCCACCGCGCUCUGCCACUUGCUCGUGUGCUGGGCGCUCGUGUACAAGGCCGGCAUGGGCAGCAAGGGCGCCGCGCUCAGCAACGCCAUCUCCUACGCCAUCAACCUGGUGAUACUGGCGCUGUACGUGAGGCUGUCCAGCGCGUGCAAGGAAACAUGGAAUGGCUUCUCCAGGGAGGCAUUUAAGGACUUGUGCCGGUUCACUGAGCUUGCCUUGCCAUCUGCGAUGAUGAUCUGCUUGGAGUGGUGGUCGUUUGAAGUCCUUGUGCUGCUGUCUGGACUUCUGCCAAAUCCUCAGCUUGAAACUUCAGUGCUGUCAAUUUGCCUAAAUACUGGUGCUCUGCUCUACAUGAUACCAUUGGGGCUCACUUAUUCCAUAAGCACACGUGUUUCCAAUGAGCUUGGUGCUGGGCAGCAUCAGGCUGCAAAGACGGCAACAAAGGUCGUCAUGUACAUGGCAUUAUCAGAAGGAUUGGUUAUAUCCUUGACCAUGACCCUGCUACGGAAUGUUUGGGGAUAUAUGUACAGCAAUGAGAAUGAAAUUGUGACUUACAUUGCAAAAAUGUUGCCAAUUCUCGGGAUAUCUUUCUUCAUAGAUGGGCUUCAUAGCUCUCUUUCAGGGGUCCUCACAGGCUGUGGAAAGCAAAAGGUUGGGGCAGCUGUAAAUCUCGGCGCAUUCUACUUGUUAGGCAUCCCAAUGGCUGUGCUACUUGCGUUUAUCUUCCAUCUGAAUGGAAUGGGCCUUUGGCUCGGCAUUGUCAGCGGAAGCGUUACCAAGCUACUUUUUCUUGUGUUUAUCUCGUGGUCCAUACAGUGGGACAAGGAGGCAGUCAAGGCAAAGGACCGAGUGUUCAGCUCAUCUCUCCCAUUAGCAUGAAAGAUGUGAAAGUUGCACAAAUUGGUAGCAUUCCCGAUUGUUGCAUAGCAUCAGUGUUGAGUAGACUUAACCAAGGAAUAAUGAUCAGGUCAAUCAAAAGAAAAUUUUCAUUAGGGGAAAUAUGUCUGGCAUUUCAAUUCAAGUCAUAGGGACUAUGGAGGAGAGCAAAGUAAUGUACACAUGAUAAGCCUAUCAGAACCAGAUCCAGAAAUUCUGGGUUUUUGGUUGGUUUUUGCAGGCAACAAGUUAGCAUAUAUACAGUUUAUAGGUGCAAAUAAUAUCUGUAUUGCACCUGGGAGUGUCAAGUUUUGUAACACUAUUGAUUGAAUGAAGUGACAACGAUGGAUGAUAGCUGUUCACGUUCGACGAGAUAUGGCAUAGCUAAUGAAGGUCCAAUUGGAAUUUUGAAA